AUGGACAAAACCGUCAUCUCCGUCCCGUUACCGAACAAGGCCUUGUUCCGCGACCAGCCGUCAGGCCGUCUUGUGCUCCUCUUCCAGAACGCUACUUGGGCGCGAUCCGGCGAUUCGGCCUGGGCUUCGAUCCAAGAUAUACCGAUUAGCACUGUCACGUCAGCUCCGGGUAACUGUCCAUCUGCGGUCGUGGAUCGGCUUGACGCGUUUUUCACAUCUACGGAGGAAGGCUCUGUGGAGGAAGAUUCUAAAUCGGAAGACGGCCGCAGCUCGGCUUUGGACAGGAUCCAGUUGCACAUGGACAGUGUAGGGACCCACGACGCGGUCUCGCUGAAGGCAGUUUUUGUUGAGACGGCGGAGGGUCAAUACACCACAACCACGGAAAGAGGGGUCAAGGAAGACGACAUCGCUGCGGACAUUGCGAAUGAGAUUCUAUUGGCGAGAAAGGCGUCUGCUGUGGCACCUCGCAAUAGCCCUUCCAGAACCGAAUUUUGUCAGAGCGGCGACGAUGUGUUUAUGGUGGUUCCUGAAGCGCUGGUGACAGCACAAACUGCAGGUCACAGUCGUCACACCUGGAUCGUGGGACAGGAGGUUCGCCCACGGAGCAGGAACAACGCCUUCCUUCUUUUGGAUUUUUGA